GAGAGGAGAGGAGAGCAAGUAUUGUAGUGUAGCAAACGCAGACUGCAGACCGUUUUUCUGAUCUAGUGAUCUGAUCCGAUAUGUACCUAUUGAAAUAUUUGUACGCCUCUGAACAACUAUUUUGGUUGAAUUAGGUUUAUCGCUAAAAAAAUUAGUUUUAAUACUUUUAUUUCACGAUUUUUUGUGACUGUUAAAAGAUGGAAGCACUCAUUCCUGUUAUAAACAAGCUACAAGAUGUAUUCAACACAGUAGGAGCCGAUGCUAUUCAGUUGCCUCAGAUUAUUGUGGUCGGAACACAGAGCUCUGGAAAAAGUUCGGUGAUAGAGAGUUUAGUUGGACGCACAUUUUUGCCUCGUGGUACUGGAAUUGUGACAAGGUGCCCAUUGGUGAUUCAGCUCAACUAUUGUCCCAAAGAUGACCGAGAACGCAGGAGCUCAGAAGAAGGCACACUAAAUAUAGAGGAAUGGGGAAUGUUCCUUCACACCAAAGGCAAGAUAUUUAGUGAUUUUAAUGAGAUUCGGAAUGAGAUUGAGCAAGAGACCAACCGUAAAGCAGGACAUAAUAAGGGAGUGUGUUCAGAGCCAAUUGUUCUUAAAAUAUACUCUCCUCAUGUUCUCAAUUUGUCAUUGGUUGACCUGCCUGGCCUCACCAAGGUUCCAGUUGGGGAUCAGCCUGAAGACAUUGAGCUACAAAUCAAGAAACUAGUCGUGAAGUACAUUAGCAACCCCAAUAGUAUCAUAUUGGCAGUAGUAACAGCAAACACAGAUAUGGCUACAAGUGAAAGUAUCAAGAUAGCAAGAGAUGUCGAUGUUGAUGGACGCAGAACCCUGGCUGUAGUGACCAAGCUGGACCUCAUGGAUGCUGGUACAGACGCCAUUGAUAUUCUAUGCGGUCGAGUGAUUCCUGUUAAACUGGGUAUCAUUGGUGUUGUUAACAGGUCGCAACAGGACAUUAAUGACAAAAAGUCAAUUAAAGAUGCAUUACGUGACGAAGCAGCCUUCCUACAACGCAAGUAUCCGACACUGGCCAAUCGCAAUGGCACCCCUUACCUGGCCAAAACACUCAAUCGUCUGCUAAUGCAUCAUAUACGGGACUGUCUGCCUGACCUCAAGACCAGAGUGAACGUGAUGGUGUCUCAGUUUCAAUCUCUUCUGAAUUCCUAUGGCGAUGAUGUGUCAGAUAAAAGCCAGACAUUGUUACAAAUUAUUACCAAGUUUGCAUCUGCAUAUUGCUCAACCAUUGAAGGGACUGCUAGAAACAUAGAAACUACUGAAUUAUGUGGAGGUGCAAGGAUUUGCUACAUAUUUCAUGAAACAUUUGGACGCACUUUGGAUUCUAUUCACCCUUUAGUAGGACUUACCAAAAUGGAUAUCUUGACAGCUAUUCGGAAUGCUACUGGACCUAGACCUGCUCUUUUUGUCCCAGAGGUGUCUUUUGAGCUGCUAGUGAAGAGGCAGAUCCGUAGAUUAGAGGAGCCAUCGCUGCGUUGUGUAGAGCUAGUCCACGAGGAGAUGCAGCGGAUCAUCCAACACUGCGGUACAGAGAGUCAGCAAGAAAUGCUGCGAUUCCCUAAACUGCAUGAGAGAAUUGUUGAUGUUGUUACUCAUCUGUUGAGAAGACGUCUACCUCCAACUAAUUCUAUGGUUGAAAAUUUGGUUGCAGUCGAGUUGGCUUAUAUCAAUACAAAGCAUCCAGACUUUCACAAAGAUGCUGCUUUGGUCCCCUCUCUUCUAAAGUCUGUGGAAGAGGAAGACUCAAUCAGACAACAAACCAGAAUCAACAAAAGACACACUAUCAACUUGGCUAAUGCUAACUCUAUAGUCAAUGAUACUGAACAGCAAAACCACGGUCAUCACGGUCGAUACAGUGACCCCAUGGACCGUCCAAAUUUACGAAACUUCAUGCCCAAUAUCUUCCCUCGCAGUCAAGAGAAUAAUAGCAAGGAUCCGUCCGCAGAGAACUCACCGUUAUCUACACCUACACACCAACCCAACGACACAGACAGUAAAAGUGCGGUAUUGAGUCCUCAGAAACCCAUCAACUUGCUACCUGAAGUCCCAACUCAGACUAGUCGCAAGUUGUCUGAGAGGGAGCAAAGAGAUUGUGACGUAAUCGAGCGCCUUAUCAAGUCAUACUUCUACAUAGUUCGAAAAUCAAUCCAAGACAGUGUUCCCAAAGCUGUGAUGCAUUUUCUAGUGAAUUAUGUGAAAGACAACCUACAGUCAGAGCUAGUCACACAUCUAUACAAGUCUGACCAGGCAGAUGAAUUGCUCAACGAGUCUGAACAUAUUGCCCAGAGGAGGAAAGAGGCCGGUGAUAUGCUUAAGGCACUUCAGAAAGCCAAUCUCAUCAUCAGUGAGAUCAGGGAAACACACAUGUGGUAGACGUUGACGUUCCACUGCUUCCUCCGUAGUACAUACUCCAACUAUAUUAUAAACUACUUGACAAAAGCUUUUUUUAUUAAAACCAAAGUUAAUCUAAUAAGUUGACCCUUUGACUUGGAGAGUAGACAUCCCAUUCACAUGACAACUCUGUGGCUAGUUUUAGAAUGAAAAUUAAUGUUAUUUAAUUGAACCACUGACAUAGUAACUGAAUAACUUACUGAUUUAUUUGGAAUACUAAUUGUUUCAGCAAUCCAAACUGAAAGACACAACAACUACAGCAACAAAACUAAGGGAGAAAAAAUUAAUUUUGGAUUGUAGCACACUAUGUGAGUGGUUCAACUAUGUCCAUGUGGUGGUAUGACUACUUUAGAAGUCAAAGGUCAGCUCCACUAGGAAGGUGGCUUUAUAGUGUGCAAUAGAUCCUGUGAAAUAUUUUGAAACAUUACAGAUUUAGUUAAAUAUUACCUAAAUAAAUUUAGAUCUAAUGUCUAGUGACCAAGAUUGUUUGUUGUUCGGUUAUAGAAUACAGUUAGUGAUUCAAGUUAAAAUAGUUGACAAGUUUGUUCUUGGUUAGUGUAUCACAGUUAUCAAUUUUUUUUAAAGUUAAAAAUGAAGAUUUGUUAAUAUACUUUUGCUUUAUGUUGUACUUAGCAUUAUCAGUGUUGUUCUUGAACACUUUCGAUUGUACAUAAAAUACAGAAUUGUUAAUUUUAUGAACCUGUAUUUGUUACAUAAAAUCACAGGUUCAUAACCUCAGAACUAUAUUGAAGCAGCAUGUAGCAAUGUUAUGGUUUGAAUGUAUUUUAAUUUACCUUUCAAAGGUCAGUAUUUAUAAUCUCAGAUUUUUAAAAUAUUUAUGUUGCAGUUCAACUAUUUCUUUCAUUUAAUCCAUAAAAAAAAUUAAUUGUUUGUCAGUCUUUAAUAUCAUACAUUUUGUCACAGUUUUGUGUCUAAUUUACAGCAUUUAAGAAGACUCGAAGACUGUAUUUAUUUUCCAGCAGAAAAUGCUUUCUGGAUAUUUGCCAUUUGACCAACAUAGAGUUCCAGAAGCAACCUGCGUUCUUAGAGUAUUGCAUGUUUUAUUCUUUACUCUUCUAUUGUCCAGAGGACAACGUGCUGUAGUUAAUUUGUGAAGAUAUUAAGCCUGCAUAAAUAAAUGUGAUAUUUUGUUUGUUUUUAA